UACUCUCACCCUUUCUCUUUCUCAUAGUGGUUGAGUGGAUUAUGAGGACCUACACAUCUAAGAAGAAGCACGGAAUACAAUGAACAGCUUGGAUGCAGUCAAAUGAUAUGUAUGUGACAGAUGACCUAGAUCAUCUACCUCAUACACAACAAAAAAUGCAAGUGAAGACAAACAAUAUAGCAGCAGCCUCUACAACAGCAGACAUAAACACACACAAGGGAAAUAACAAGAUCAUGAAACACACCACAGAGUGCACCAACACAAUCACACUGGAUGGAGAAGUUCUGGAAGAGGUGGAAGGUUUGACAGACCUGGAUACUAUCGUUGAUAAAUUAGGAGGAUCUGGUGCAAGUGUGAAGGCACGGAUCGGAAAAGUGAGCACCACAUUCCUACAAUUGAAGAAUACCUCCAACUCAAAACAACCAUCACCCAACACCAUAGUCACAGUUUUUGAUACGAACACUAGGACAGUUCCAUUGUAUCAUCUAAUCACAGGUUUGUACAGUUAGUAACCAAUAAGUCAAAUAAAAGCUUAUAAUAAAGGGAAUAUAAAUAUACAUAUAAUAUGGUUACUUAAUAACUACUCAAUAAUGUAAUAAUAGUUCACAAACAAUUCCUAUCAGUUACUAUUCAUUUACUUUUCAUUAGGAUAUAAA